AUGUGCCCGCCGGCUGGUGCCGUUGCUCCCGACGGGAGGCCCGCGCCAUCCUGGCUGUUUCAUCCCCUUUCGGGCUUACGCCGCCAGCACACGCACGAUAAGCAACGAGCGUCUCUCCUUUCCUCAAUUCUUCGAUCGCGCACGCGACAUGACAUAGACUACACCAACCGCUGUACCGUUACAGCAAUGGACUUCGAAGAUCGAUGGGAAGCCUUUGUGGCACAGCACCCUCGAGUGGAGAAGAUAGCGGCCGCUGUCAAACCGUACAUUCCGCCAAUCAACUUCAUCACACUGCACUAUGCUUAUUUCAUUGGGAUUACCAUUGUUGGUACUUUGAUCUUCUGGGGUGCAUCACAUCCGGCAAAAAGUGUGGGAUGGUGGGAUAGCAUGUUCAUGGUCAUGUCGGCUCUCACUGCAGCCGGGCUGAAUUCCGUGAACCUGAGUCAGCUGACCACAUUUCAACAAGUCGAGUUGGCAAUUUUAAUGAUGCUGGGAAGCCAGAUACUGGUCUCGUACUUCACCGUGGCGUUCAGGAAACAUAUCUUCGAGAAGCGGUUUGAGGAUAUCGUGGAGAUGGAGAAAGAGAACAAGAAAGCGAAGAAGGGCACUACAGGGACUAUGGUGGGAAUGACUGGAGCAAUGUUUGGUCUGCCGGUCAUGAGCUCUUUCGGCAAAGGGAGGAGACAAAGUAAACCGCGGGGAUUGAAAGUUGCAACGGGGGCGGCCGGAACGGAUACGAACGAACCACCUCCCAGCACACCAAUCUUAGAGGAACAGGCUGAUAUUGGACAGUCUCCUGUUGCUAAUGGAAGAAGUCCUCCACAACACAUUGGCUUCUUAGACCCUAUACCCGAGCGGAAGUCCCAUGACAGACCACAAUCAGCAACGACCGGACAUUCAAUCUACAACGUACAGACUCAGCAAACCGUCUCAAGUCGAAGAAGAUCACUGGCGGGAGAAUCCAAAUUUGGGGAUGAUUUCAACGUUCAAUCUUUCGUUAAAGAGCAAAAGCGCAACAUCGGCCGGAACGGGCAGUUCUUCAACCUGUCGUCAGACCAGCGAGAGUACCUUGGCGGAGUCGAAUACCGUGCAUUGAAGUUUCUCUCUGUAUUCGUGCCUGCGUACUUUAUACUUUGGCAGAUGUUCGGUGCCAUCGCGCUCGGUGCGUACAUGUCCGUCUAUGAAAAGGAGGCUACUGCUGUGAACGCGCAGAAUCCGUGGUGGGCAGGCGCCUUCCUCGCCAUUUCUGCGUACAGCAACGCCGGGUUCACCCUGCUAGAUGCAGGUUUCAUUCCAUUCCAGGAUUCGUACUACGUGCUGACCGUCGUGGCGAUCCUAUCGCUUGCUGGCCCAGCGGCUUUCCCGGUGUUCGUACGCUUUCUUAUCUGGACAAUGUCUCUUCUCCUCGAUCUCUUCUCCAAGAACAAAGAGUAUGGCGUGUGGAAAGAGGGCUUCGACUUCAUUCUCAAAUUCCCACGUCGGGUCUACACCAGCAUGUUUCCGGCGAGAGACACAUGGUUGUUCAUCGCGACCUUUGGCUCAUUCGUGGCUGCAGACUGGGUCCUGAUCCUGAUACUCAGCAUAGGAAAUCCCACUAUGGAAGUGAUACCGUUGGGUCGCCGCAUCUUCAUCUCUCUCUUCGAAGGCUUUUCUAUCCCAUCCGGAGGCUAUGCUAUCGUUUCUCCAUCCGCCAUGUAUUUUGAUGUGCAGGUACUAUGGCUGGUUAUUUUCUACACUGCGGCGUAUCCCCACAUCAUCACCAUGCGCAAGACAAACGUAUAUGAAGAGCGCUCCCUCGGCAUCUAUGCGGGGGAUGAAGCAGAGGUAGAACAGCUUCAUUCAGCGUCUAGCUCCCUCUUCGACGUUGACGCCGCGCUUCCUCCUUCUACCUCAAUCCCAGAGAAACCAACACGCACACCAAUCAAAACGAUCGGCAACGUCGGGCUCCGCGGUACCGCCUUUAUAGGGCGUCAAAUUCAGCAUCGCAUGACGGCUUUCCAAGGCGUCGGCGUGGCCGGUCCUACGACGACGACGACGCCUACAAUGUUGAAGAGAUCAGCGACCAUGGACUUCGGCCGCGCAACUUCAAUACAUAGCUUAAAUGCGCACCCGCCGACGCACCCACCGUCUCUGAUCUCGCAGCAAGUCCGCGGCCAGCUAUCGCACGAUGUAUGGUGGAUUGCGCUCGCCCUGUUCCUCAUCACACUGAUCGAAACGCAUCAUUCCAUUGAGGAUCCUAAGACGUACAGUGUGUUCACGAUACUGUUCGAGAUCGUGUCAGGGUACACAACCAUUGGGAUCAGCAUAGGGCUGCCAGAUCAGGCGUAUAGCUUCAGUGGCGGGAUGUAUUCAGGGAGCAAAAUCAUUAUGAUCUUAGUCAUGUUGAGAGGCAGGCAUAGAGGGUUACCUGUGGCUCUGGACAGAGCGGUCAGGCUGCCAGGGAAGAAGUUGGCUGAGUUUGAGGAGGAGGAUGCCGAGAUUAGGAGUAUGUUCUCUCAGUGA